CUUCCUAAGACCUGUGUGGUGACCGUUUUUACCUCCCUGUGCCCAACAUCUUGAAGAAGAUCAGGAUUUUUCAGGCUCUUCCUCCUCAAAUUGGUAGCACACACUUGCUCUGCUCCUAUAUCUCUUCACCUUUGGAGAGAUGUUGAAGUUCAAAUAUGGAGCAAGGAAUCUGCUGGACGCUGGUGCUGCUGAACCCAUUGCCAGCCGGGCCUCCAGGUUGAAUCAUUUCUUCCAGGGGAAACCACCCUUUCUGACUCAACAGCAGAUGUCUCCUCUUUCCCGAGAAGGGAUAUUAGAUGCCCUCUUCGUUCUCUUUGAAGAAUGCAGUCAGCCUGCUCUGAUGAAGAUUAAGCACGUGAGCAACUUUGUCCGCAAAUAUUCCGACACCAUCGCUGAGUUACAGGAGCUCCAGCCUUCAGCAAAAGACUUUGAAGUCCGAAGUCUCGUGGGCUGUGGUCACUUUGCUGAAGUGCAGGUGGUAAGAGAGCGAGCAACUGGCGACGUCUAUGCCAUGAAGGUCAUGAAGAAGACGGCCUUGUUGGCCCAAGAGCAGGUUUCAUUUUUUGAGGAAGAACGGAACAUAUUAUCUCAGAGCACAAGCCCUUGGAUUCCCCAGUUACAGUACGCCUUUCAGGACAAAAAUAACCUUUAUCUGGUCAUGGAAUAUCAGCCUGGAGGGGACUUGCUGUCACUUUUGAACAGAUACGAGGACCAAUUAGAUGAAAAUACGAUUCAGUUUUACCUAGCCGAAUUGAUUUUGGCUGUUCACAGCAUUCAUCAGAUGGGAUAUGUGCAUCGAGACGUCAAGCCUGAGAAACAUACUCAUUGACCGAAUAGGACACAUCAAGCUGUGGAUUUUGGAUCAGCGGC